CCCCUCCUCUCUGUCCCUCCUCGCGCCUCUCCUCCGCACACGCACAAAACGCUCUGUCAUGGCGUCUUCCAACCAUGUUACCCCCACCAACUGUAGCUGGUGGCCCAUCUCAGCCAUGGAUGGAGACGGGAAGAUCACGCACGGGGAGGACUGCGAGGAGCCCGUGGCGGAGCCCAAACCCUUCAACAAAGACAGGCUCGUUUUGUACCACUGGACGCAGUCUUUCGCCUCCCAGAAGGUGCGACUAGUGAUCCAUGAGAAGGGUCUGGUCUGUGAGGAGAGGGAUGUGAGUUUGCCGCUGCAGGAGCACAAAGAGCCGUGGUUCAUGAGGCUGAACCUGGGAGAGGAGGUCCCCGUCUUUCUCCAUGGAGACGCCAUCAUCAGUGACUACAACCAGAUCAUAGACUACAUGGAGAAGAACUUUGUGGGAGACACCGUGGCCCAGCUGAUUCCUGACGCAGACUCCCCUCUCUAUGAGCGUGUGCAGCAGUACCGCCAGCUGCUGGAUGGCCUGCCCAUGGACGCUUACACACAUGGCUGCAUCCUUCAUCCGGAGCUCACUACUGACUCUAUGAUCCCAAAGUACGCCACAGCAGAAAUACGUCGACACUUGGUUAACGCAGCGACUGAGCUGAUGAAGUUGGACCACGAAGAGCCUCAGCUGACAGAACCUUACCUGUCCAAGCAGAAAAAGUUAAUGACAAAAAUCUUGGACCAUGAUAAUGUGAACUACCUGAAGAAAAUUCUGGGGGAGUUAGCCAUGGUUCUGGAUCAGGUAGAGGCUGAACUCGAGAAACGGAAACUGGAAUAUCAAGGUCAGAAGUGUGAGUUGUGGCUUUGUGGACCUGAAUUUACACUAGCUGAUAUCUGCCUUGGAGCCUUGUUACACAGGCUCAAGUUCUUGGGACUUUCUAAGAAAUACUGGGAGGACGGCAGCCGGCCCAAUCUGCAGUCCUUUUUUGUGCGUGUGCAAAAACGCUACGCUUUUCGAAAGGUCUUGGGAGACAUCCACACGACCCUGCUGUCAGCAGUGCUGCCCAACGCCUUCCGAAUGGUAAAAAAGAAGCCGCCAUCCUUCUUCGGAGCCUCUUUUCUCAUGGGCUCACUGGGUGGGAUGGGCUACUUUGCCUACUGGUAUUUAAAAAAGAAAUACAUGUAGUGAAUGCCCUGUUGUUGUGUUAAAUGUCUGUGUAGUUGUGUGAUGCUUCAACUUUUCUGUAAUAUUUUAUGACUGCAGGAAACUAAUGAAUCUAUAUAGAGUACACUAUUACUUACCUGGGUACACAAUGAAAUAUGAAAACAUUCCAUAGUAAGAAAUUACCGACAGCACAUUUUCUGGAAGUCAAAGUCUUCAUUGAGUUUAUGUUUUGGAAACUUGCAGCCAUUGUGCAUGCAAGAGCUCAUCUAAUUCUUUUAUUUUGAGAGGCAUGCAUUAGGUCCACUUACACUGAGAUCCCAGAAACCCAGAUGAACACAUGAACACCAACCACGUUUGAAUGACCUUUGCAUGCCGCUGUUGCAGUUAUGAUCAUACCUGCUUCCACUGCUCCAUCCCUGUGAGGUGAAACCACUCAACAAUCAGUCCUGAAACGUGCUACGCUAGCAGAAACUGCCAGAAGACACAUCAAAAAGAUGGAGGCAAAAUAUAAAAUAAUGUUUUCAUUUUUUAAAUGUUUUCUUGCUGAGGUCUAAUUGGAAGAUAGAAACCUGACAAGAUGGUUAACAGCUUAGAAAAAUGGUGAAAGCUAGUUGGAUUCUGUUCAACAUGUCUAAACUGAGCAGGCAGAAUUCUGGAGCUCACAGGUAGUCUUAUUUGUUUUUAUGGAGUCUGUUUAAAGUGAGCUGCAGAGCUCCUGUGCUUUUGACCUGUUUUAGGCAGCUCUCAUAGUAAUUCGGGGGGGGGGGGGGGG